AUGGCUGGAAGAGGAAGAGAGAUCACGGCCACUUUGUUGGAAAAGACAGCGGAGAAGAGGGGAAAUGAGGAGGAUGAGUUGGGGAUGAAGGAGAAGGUUUGGAUCGAAUCAAAGAAGCAAUGGGUUGUGGCGGCGCCAGCGAUCUUCACAAGGUUCUCUACGUUCGGUGUUUCAAUGAUAAGUCAAGCUUUCAUCGGCCAUCUUGGCCCAACCGAGUUGGCCGCUUACUCCAUCACCUUCACUAUUCUCCAGCGUUUUAGUCUUGGUAUCUUACUAGGUAUGGCCAGUGCACUAGAAACACUAUGUGGUCAAGCCUUCGGAGCCAAACAAAACCAUAUGCUCGGGAUCUACCUCCAAAGGUCAUGGAUCGUCCUCACAGGCUGUACCAUUUGCCUCACUCCCAUCUACGUCUUCGCUGGCCCUAUCCUCUUAGCCUUAGGUCAAGAGGAACAUAUUGUCCGUGUGGCUCGGAUCAUAGCUCUGUGGGUCAUAGGCAUAAUCUUUUCUUUCGUGGUUUCAUUCACUUGCCAGAUGUUUCUCCAAGCUCAGAGCAAGAACAAGAUCAUUGCCUACGCGGCUGCUGUCUCUUUAGCGGUCCAUGUCUUCCUCUCUUGGCUCCUAAUGGUUCAUUUCGAUUUUGGUAUCACUGGUGCUAUGACCUCGACGCUAGUUGCCUUCUGGCUGCCUAACAUUGCGCAGCUCAUGUUCGUCAUGUGCGGUGGGUGUAAGGACACAUGGAGAGGAUUCUCUAUCUUGGCGUUCAAAGAUUUGUGGCACGUCUUCAAACUCUCUAUGUCUUCAGGUGGAAUGCUUUGCUUGGAGUUAUGGUACAACUCGAUUUUGGUACUACUCACUGGAAAUUUGAAAAACGCAGAGGUGGCUCUUGAUGCACUAGCUAUCUGCCUCAACAUAAAUGGACUGGAGAUGAUGAUAACACUUGGGUUUUUGGCAGCAGCAAGUGUGAGAGUGUCCAACGAGUUGGGUCGGGGAGAUGCAAAAGCAGCCAAGUUUGCAACAAAGAUGGCUGUUUUCACAUCUCUAUCUAUAGGAACAGUUCUCUUCUUCGUGUUCUUGUUUCUAAGAGGAAGAGUUUCUUACAUUUUCACUAAAAGUGAAGCUGUCGCCGCGGAAGUCUCCGAUCUUUCACCUCUUUUAGCCUUUUCCAUCCUCAUGAACAGUGUUCAACCAGUUCUCUCUGGAGUUGCGAUUGGAGCUGGAUGGCAAGGAUAUGUUGCUUACGUUAACCUUGCUUGCUACUACCUUGUUGGGAUUCCUAUUGGUGUGUUCCUUGGUUACGUUGUUGGUUUGCAAGUUAAAGGUGUAUGGAUCGGAAUGCUCUUUGGGGUAUUCGUUCAGACUUGCGUGCUUACCAUCAUGACUCUCAGAACAGAUUGGGAUGAACAGGUAUCUACGUCGUUGAGAAACCUAAACCGGUGGGUUGAACCAGAAUCUAGAGAUGUAAAUCAAAUUUCAUCAGAGGAAUGA